UUUCUCAAUUGAGGUUCCCUCCUUCCAGAUAACUCUAAGUUGUGUGUCAAAUUGAGGUAAGAUUACCCAGCACAGCUGUCGACUAUCUUUUAAUGGUUCUUCCUCCUCCAACAAUAUUGUAUUUCUCAAGACAGCAGCGACUUUAGAACUUUUUCCUCUUGCUUUCAUGUAAUUUUUUUAAAAAAAGAUUUGCUUAUUAUGUAUACAGUGCUCUCUGCGUACACAUAUGUCUGCAGGCCAUAAGAGGGCACCAGAUCUAUUAUAGAUGGCUGUGAUGUGUUUGCUGGGAAUUGAGCUCGGGGCCUUUCCAGCCCUUGACCACUGGUUUCCACCAGAUACCUAGAUAUGCAUUUGGCUCGGUUGCAAACGGCCCUCAGAGUCUGAGGCCAGCCCCUCUAUGGCCUGCUCCUCCACUCCAAACACUAACGCAGAGUCCAUCCUUUGGAUGGUUCCAUCACGCACAGAAUCUUGAAGAACUUUCUGCACACUAGCCCCAGACGGGUCUUAAUCCAGCUUCCCGUUGGCUGACAGGCGUCAAAACCGCGCCGCACGGCGUCCAGGUUGUUAUUCUCAGAACUUCCGUUUCCGCACGUCUUCCUGAGGUGGGACCACGUCCCUGGUCGUCUGGAAAACCAUCCGUACCCGGAUUCCGGUUCACCCAUCCCGGUUCCGCUCGGUCGGACCGAGCGGCUGAGAGUGGGCGGGCGAGCACCGCUCGGAGCAAAUCCCAAGGCUCUCGCUUCGCGAGACUUGACAGACCCGUGGGAAGCUACGCCCACUCAGGUCUCGCGAGACUCGGAGAAGGGCUCCCGAACUGGUCGGUGGGUGGGCGGACGGGAGCCUGGAAGAUGGCGGCGCAGGCGGUGACGCUGCUGAGGGAGGUGGCCCGGCUGGAGGCGCCGCUGGAGGAGCUGCGUGCGCUGCAGUCCGUGGUGCACGCUGUGCCGCUCCACGAGCUUCGCGAGCAGGCGGCGGAGCUGCGCCUCGGCCCGCUCUUCUCCUUGCUUAACGAGAACAAUCGGGAACAGACUGCUUUGUGUGUGUCCAUCCUGGAGAGGUUGCUCCAAGCUGUGGGACCGGUUCAUGUGGCCAGGAACCUCAGGGUUGACCUGCAGAGGGGACUGACUCACCCAGAUGACUCUGUCAAAACCCUCACUCUGUCCCAGAUUGGAAGAAUUGUUGAAAAUUCUGAAGCUGUUACUGAGAUUCUGAAUAACACUGAACUAUUAAAACAGAUUGUUUAUUGCAUUGGUGGAGAGAAUUUAUCUGUUGCCAAAGCGGCUAUCAAAUCCCUGUCAAGAAUAUCACUAACCCAAGCUGGACUGGAAGCUUUAUUUGAAAGUAAUUUGCUGGAUGAUUUGAAAAAUGUAAUGAAAACAAAUGACAUCGUUCGAUACAGGGUAUAUGAGCUAAUCAUAGAGAUUUCUUCUGUGUCGUUAGAAUCUUUAAACUACUGUACCACAAGUGGACUGGUGACUCAGCUCCUGAGAGAGCUGACGGGUGAGGACGUGCUGGUCAGAGCCACCUGUAUAGAAAUGGUGACAUCACUAGCAUAUACCCACCAUGGACGACAAUACCUUGCUCAGGAAGGAGUCAUUGACCAGAUAUCUAACAUAAUUGUUGGAGCAGAUUCAGACCCUUUCUCUGGCUUCUAUUUGCCAGGAUUUGUGAAGUUUUUUGGAAACCUGGCUGUCAUGGAUAGUCCUCAACAAAUCUGUGAGCGCUACCCUGUCUUUCUCGAGAAAGUGUUUGAAAUGGCAGACAGUCAGGACCCCACCAUGAUUGGUGUAGCUGUGGACACAGUUGGAAUCCUGGGAUCCAGUGUUGAAGGAAAACAGGUUUUACAGAAGACAGGAACCCGCUUUGAACACCUCCUCACAAGAAUAGGUUAUCAAGCAAAGAAUGCUUCUACAGAGCUAAAAACCAGAUGCUUGGAUGCAGUUUCUUCUCUUCUGUAUUUAUCACCUGAGCAACAGACUGAUGACUUCCUGAGGAUGGCAGAAUCCUGGUUUGCCUCCUUAUCUCAAGACUCCCUGGAGCUCUUCCGUGGCAUCAGUAACCAACCCUUCCCUGAACUGCACUGUGCUGCCUUGAAAGUGUUCACAGCUAUUGCAAACCAGCCCUGGGCUCAGAAACUUAUGUUUAACAGUCCAGGUUUUGUAGAAUUUGUGAUGGACCGGUCUGUGGAACAUGACAAAGCUUCAAAGGAUGCCAAAUAUGAACUGGUUAAAGCACUUGCCAAUUCCAAGACUGUUGCAGAGAUCUUUGGGAACUCAAAUUAUUUGAGACUCAGAACCUACCUAAGUGAAGGUCCAUACUAUGUGAAGCCUGUUGCCACUACAGCAGUGGAAGGAGCGGAUUGAUUUCUUUUGGUUAGGGCAGAAGACCAUGUUUUGACCAGAAUUUGUCAAGGCAUGACAUUCCAUCUGUUUUCAGAGAGCAGGGGCUUCCCUCUUCCAGUGCCAUCAUGGAGUGUGUUCCUACGUGAAUGUGUUGUGGGCCAGGUACUUACCCUGCAGUGAAUGCAACAGCAUGGCUAGGAAAGCACUAGUCUCUCCCCGGCUGGUCCUCUGGCUGCUGUAGUCUCUGCUGCAGGGUCAAAGGUUGGUUUUCUCAGAAAGCUUCCAUGGGCAGACUCGUGACCUCUCUUAAAAAUAAAAUGAAACCAAAAUGAUUCUGAUUUCUUUUCACCACUCUUUUCCUUAUCUGAAUCCACCUCUGUUGUGGGUGACCCUGCUCAGACACCCCUUGGGGGAGGGGGGGAGAAGAUGCAGCACCAAUGACUCAGGCACUGGGAGUCAGUCACUAGCAGAGCAUGCUGCAGACUUGUUUAUUAAGGAAGUUAGACCUGCCUUUAUACCCCCUCCCAAGGUCCUAUUGGCUCAGGCGGCUGACUCUGCUGUGUUGUCUUUUUCUCAUUGGUGUCUCAGGGUCAGGUGUCUCUUUGUCAACAGUCUCUGGGGUAGAACAGGCUUGGUUCAGGGAGGAAGUGCCUACCAUACAUGCUCAUGCAGGCUGGCCUGGGCACCUGAGCCUUGGGUAGUCUGGCCAAAGUUUCCCCUUGGGUAUCUUAAGUAGUCUCUGAAAAAUAUGUCAUUUGGAAUCAUUGAAUUGUAUUAUUUGUAUACAAGGAAUAAAUGGUUUUACUAAGA